AUGGGUGGCAUGUACGAAAGAUGGCUGGACACCCUGGUCUCAGCUCUUCAACAACGUGAGAAGGAAGCCAACGUGGUGGUAGUGAACUGGCUGGCUCUCGCCCAACAACUCUACACCAUCGCUGUCAACAACACAAGGGUGGUUGGCAAACAACUUGCAGAGCUGCUGGACUGGUUAGAGAAGAAGAAGGAUUUCCAACUGGAGAACGUCCAUCUGAUUGGCUACAGUCUCGGGGCCCAUAUUGCUGGCUAUACUGGAAACUAUGCCCGGGGCACUAUUGGAAGAAUUACAGAGAUUAAGGACCUUGUGAUAUGCGAACACGAGCGGUCAGUACAUCUCUUCGUGGAUUCGCUUGUGAACAAGGAUAAGCAGAGUUUCGCCUUCCAAUGCACGGAUUCGGGACGCUUCAAGAAGGGCAUUUGCUUGAGUUGUCGGAAGAAUCGCUGCAACAGCAUCGGCUACAACACCAAGAAGAUGCGCAACAAACGCAACAGCAAGAUGUACCUCAAGACAAGGGCUGGCAUGCCAUUCAAAGUUUUCCACUAUCAGCUGAAGAUCCAUGUCUUCAGCUAUAAAAAUAUGGAGAAAACCGAACCGGCAUUUUCCGUGACCUUCUAUGGGACGAGUGGAGAUUCUGAACCUCUACCUCUGGAAGUAUCUGAUCAAAUUGGCCUGAACUAUACCAACACCUUCCUGGUCUACACAGGAGAAGAUGUGGGUGAUAUUCUAAGGAUCAAACUCACCUGGGAAAUCACCAAGAAGUCCUGGUACAAUUUUUGGAGCCAAAUGAAAAAUUACUGGGCCAAGUCUGAGCCCUCAUCCAAAGAACUGCAGAUCAGACGCAUCCGAGUGAAAUCGGGUGAAACUCAGAAGAAGUAA